UCCGUAUCCCUCUAAACCUUUCCUAUCCGUGUACCGGUCUGUAUCCCUCUAAACCUUUCCUAUCCGUGUACCUGUCCGUAUCCCUCUAAACCUUUCCUAUCCGUGUACCUGUCCGUAUCCCUCUAAACCUUUCCUAUCCGUGUACCUGCCCGUAUCCCUCUAAACCUUUCCUAUCCGUGUACCUGUCCGUAUCCCUCUAAACCUUCCCUAUCUGUGUACCUGUCCGUAUCCCUCUAAACCUUUCCUAUCCGUGUACCUGUCCGUAUCCCUCUAAACCUUUCCUAUCCGUGUACCGGUCUGUAUCCCUCUAAACCUUUCCUAUCCGUGUACCUGUCCGUAUCCCUCUAAACCUUUCCUAUCCGUGUACCUGUCCGUAUCCCUCUAAACCUUUCCUAUCCGUGUACCUGCCCGUAUCCCUCUAAACUUUUCCUAUCCGUGUACCUGUCCGUAUCCCUCUAAACCUUCCCUAUCCGUGUACCUGUCCGUAUCCCUCUAAACCUUUCCUAUCCGUGUACCUGUCCGUAUCCCUCUAAACCUUUCCUAUCCGUGUACCUGUCCGUAUCCCUCUAAACCUUUCCUAUCUGUGUACCUGUCCAAGUAUCUUUUAAAUAUUGUUAAUUUAUCUGCCUCUUCCUCUGGCAGCUCGCUCCAUAGACUGACUACCCUCCAGGUGAAGCAGUUGCCCCUCAGGUUCCUCCUAUUAAAUCUCUCCCCUCUCACAUUAAACCUGUGCAGUCUGAUUCUGAUUCUCCAACCCUCGGAAAAAGACCGUGAGCAUUCACCCCGACUCUGCCCCUCCUGGAUUUAUACACGGCACCCCUCCAAUGCAAUACGAAUGUUCUUCAAAACUUAAGUGACAGGGAACACCCAUCUCCUAUCCCCAACUCCAACCGGAUGUGAAACCCACAGAGCCACCUCCCCCAACCUGCACACCCACCCCUCCCAUUUCCUACAGCACCUCUCUGUGACCACGUCCCCAACCCUUUGUGAGGUUGAGGUGACCAGGGGUAUCAGUGGUGACAGUCAGGAGGGAAGGGCCAGCACUCUCAGUGGAAAGGCCAGACCGAGCAGUUGAGUGCAGACCAGCGAGAUCCACCCCAAUACUGUGAGCAACCACCCCCUCUUCUCUACCUCUGCCUCCCCGCCUCCGGCCAUGAGCGACAAGCCCUCCCCCGACCUACCCCAGCUCCAGCUCCAGUCCCCGUCCCCGGGCUCCUACCUCGGCCUGGAGCCCUUCACCGAGACGGCGGCCGUGGUGAUAGACAACGGCACCGGCUACACCAAGGCCGGCUUCGCGGGCGACCCCAAGCCGGGGGUGGUGCUGCCCACGGUGGUGGGGCUGCCGAACGCCCGGCAGCGGUCCAGUCCCGACUACUACGCGGGCGAGGAGGUGCCGAAGCGGCGCGGCCUGAGGCUGUGCGAGCCGCUGACCCGCGGCCUGGUCACCGACUGGGACGCGCUGGAGAUGCUGUGGCACCACGUCUUCUACCGGGAGCUGCGGGCCUCGCCUGACGAGCACGCCGUCCUGCUGGCCGACGGGCCGCUGGCCCAGGCCGCGCAGCGGGAGAAGGCGGCCGAGGUCCUCUUCGAAGGCUUCGGCGUGCCGGCCAUGUACGUGGCGCACCAGCCGGUCCUGUCGCUCUACUCCACCGGGCGCACCGGCGGCCUGGUGAUCGAGGCCGGCUUCGGCGCCUCGUACGCGGCGCCCGUCGUGGAAGGCUACGCGCUGCCGCACGCCACGCAGCAGACGGCGGUGUCGGGGGCCGCUCUCACCGAGCACCUGGCCAAGCUGCUGGCCGACUGCGGCAACGCCUUCAGCCCGGAGGAGCGGCCGCUGGUGCGGGACAUCAAGGAGCGAUGCUGCUACGUGGCGCAGGACUACGGCGAGGAGCUGCUGGCGCCCGAGGGCGACUACCUGACCGACUACCGGCUGCCCGACGGCCACCUCAUCAACAUCGGCAACGAGCGCUUCCGAUGCCCCGAGGCCUUCUUCCAGCCCGACGCCAUGGGCCUGAGCGAGCCCGGCCUCCACCAGCUGGCCGCCCGCAGCCUGGAGCUCUGCCAGGCGAAGCAGCGGCCCGAGCUGCUCGGCAACGUGGUGCUGGCGGGCGGCUCCACGCUCUUCCCCGGCUUGGCCGAGCGGCUGAAGCGGGAGCUGGACAGGCUGGUGCCCGGGCCGGGCCCCGCAGUCGGCGUCUACGCCUCGCCGCAUCGCCGCUUCUCCGUCUGGAUCGGCGGCUCCAUCACCGCCUGCCUCAACUCUUUCCAGCCCAUGUGGGUGCGGCGCGCCGACUACGACGAGGAAGGGCCGGGCGUCGUGCUCCGCAAGUGCUACUGAGCACUCCAGAGUUUAUUUAAUAAAGAAAGUUAAUGCUUCC